AUGAGCAGCGUCAGCCACCGUAAAGGUCCGCCGAAGCAUCAAAACAAAUUCGCCUGGAAACCUCACGCCGGCCAGAAGAUCAAUCCUACUGAACUCGGUGGAAGUUUUAGGCCCCUUUCAGAAGUAACAGGGGUUUGCCCUCGCUGCAAAGGACAGAUCGAAUGGAAGCGAAAAUACGGAAAAUAUAAGCCCCUUACUGAACCGGCCAAAUGUCAGCGGUGUUCGAAGAGGAAUGUUCGACAAGCUUAUCACAAUCUCUGCACUGGUUGUGCCAAGGAGCAUAAUGUUUGUGCAAAAUGUUCAUGCCGAGUUGACCAGAUAGUUGGGAGAGAUCUUUCGGAAGUGGAAGCUGAGCAGAAGACAUUGGAUGAGGCGAUCAAGAAUGCUCGGGAGAGGGAAAGAAGAAGUUUGCUGAGAGCUAUGAACAAAGGAAAAUCUCAGUCGUCGGUCUUGGCUCAAAAAAAGGACGAGAGAAAAGUUGGUGACCUAUUUACAGCAUCAUCACUCGAAGAGUAUGUGGAACUGAGCAGGGAUGAUGAGGAUGAUCUCAGUCAUGAUGAUUACCCGCAGGUUAUAGGCUAG